AUGAAAGUUUUGGGAUUGAUCAGUGGUGGCAAAGACAGCUGCUUCAAUAUGAUGAAAUGUGUAGAGUUGGGGCAUGAAAUUGUCGCCCUUGCCAAUCUUUACCCUCCUAAUUCUGGUGAGCUGGACAGCUAUAUGUAUCAGUCAGUUGGCCAUGAAAUCAUUGAUUUAUAUUCUAAAGCUAUGCAACUGCCAUUAUUCAGGCGCCCUAUUUUAGGCAAGUCUCAAUUGAUAACAGCAGAGUACAAAGAGACUAUCGAUGAUGAGGUAGAAGAUUUAUACAUGCUGUUAAAAGAAGUAAUGGAAUCCAUCGAAAUAGAAGCAGUCUCAGUUGGAGCCAUUUUGUCUGAGUAUCAAAAUUGUAGGGUUGAACAUGUAUGUCGCAGGUUGAAUUUGAAGCCGUUAUGCCUGCUUUGGCAGAGGGAUCAGUUGAGCUUGUUGGAUGAGAUGAUUGAUUCUAACAUACAGGCUGUGAUCGUUAAAGUUGCUUCUUUGGGUCUCAAUGAAGCCCACCUGUUAAAAUCAUUGUCCGAGAUGAGAGAACACCUCGUCGAGAUGAAUAAAAAGUACGGACUGAAUGUGUGUGGGGAAGGUGGUGAGUACGAAACGAUAACACUGGACUGUCCACUGUUUAAGAGUUAUAAAAUUAAGCUGGAUGAAGUUAGGCCAGUACUACAUACGCCAGACCCUUACACGCCAGUGGCCUACGUUUCCAUCCUCAAAAGCUCCCUACUGCCUAAAUCAUUAACAUAAUUUAUGCUAAUUAAGUCCUAAAUUUUUCAUAAAUUAAAUACUCGAUUUGAUAUGUUUAGAUUAAGACUCUUUUUAACUUUGGACAAAUUUAUUAUUAGUAGGUUAUUCAUGCUUAUGUAUUCAAAUUCGUUAGGCCAAUUUUGAUUUAUUAUUGUUAUUAUCAUUAUUAUUCUUUAUUAUUAUUCUUUAUUAUUAUUAUUAUUAUUUGUUUAUAUGACACAUGAAAAAGAAUAGUUUUUUUCCCUUCGUGUGAGGCGUGGUUUUUAGAAAUUUUUGGCAAGGUUACUACUGCAGUUAUUUUUAUUGUUGUUGUUGUUGAUUGUGUUGUUGUUGUUUGUUGUU